AAGGAAGAAAACAGGAGGAAGCAGCAAAAAUUACAGUAGUGAGGAAAAUGAAGGUGUUUGUUUUAUUUGUUGCCAUAGCUGUAGCAGCAUGGCAAUGCCAAGGUGAUGACCAUGGCGUCAACUUCCAAGUUUUCCCACUCCGAAUGAAAUCCGGGCUCGGUGGCCACUACAUUCCGGAGAUCUCAUGCCAAAGUUGGAUGCUUGGUGUGGAAGCACAUAACAUCAUCGGAUUCUCGAGUGUUCCUAAAGACUGCGUAGGAUACAUAGGGAACUACCUCGUAGGUGACCAGUAUAGAUCAGACUCCAAAACCGUGUGUCGGGAAGCUUAUUUCUACGUCAAAACCUUAAACAUCAGUAGCAAAGACGCGUGGGUGUUUGAUAUAGACGAGACCACGCUCUGUAAUCUCCCAUAUUAUGCCGAUCAUGGAUUUGGAGCGGAACCAUAUAACUCUACGGCGUUUAAUGAGUGGGUGUUUCGUGGGGUGGCGCCGCCGCUGCCUGAGAGUCUGAAACUGUACAGAAAACUGGUGUCUCUUGGCAUAAAGAUUGUGUUCAUAACAGGCAGACCACUGUCUCAACUCGACGUAACAGCUUCAAACUUGAAGAAAGCUGGAUAUUACAAAUGGGAUAAGCUAAUUACCAAGGAUCCGUCUUACAAUGGUAAGACAGCAGUUACAUACAAAUCAAACGAGAGGAGGAAGAUAGAGGAACAGGGAUACAACAUCAUCGGAAACAUCGGAGACCAGUGGAGUGAUAUUUUGGGAACCAAUGUUGGGGGUAGGACCUUUAAACUUCCUGAUCCCAUGUACUAUAUUAGUUGAGACUGUAACUGGCUUGCUUCUACGAAGAAGAUAAGAUAUGUAAGAAUAAUGGAGCCACAUGGUUAA